UUUGUUAAGCAGCGACCUUCGUUCGAUCCCACACUUCCGGCGAACUAGAAUCUGACCAAUCGGAGUUCCUAAACACUUCUCCGGAACCCUAAUUUAUUCUCUCCAACGAGACAAAGCCAGCGCGUGAUUUCGACUCUCCUUUCGCGAGAUCAGCAAUGUCCGGUAGAAAUCGCGGAUCGUACGGCGGCUUACAACCUCCGAUCAACCAACCGCCUUUCGUCAGAGGCUUAGGAGGACACGCACCUCCUCCUCAUCCUCAUCCUCAUCCUCAUCCUCAUCCCUCUCGCCCCUUAGACGACAACAGAGAACUCCCCCAAUUCAGAAACCAUCAUCCUCAACACCAUCACCACUCAAUCAUCGAAGACCGAAUCGCAUCCCAAAACCAAGACGUGCAAGGCCUUCUCGCCGACAACCAGAGGCUCGCCGCGACGCACGUGGCGCUGAAGCAGGAGCUGGAAGUAGCGCAGCACGAGCUGCAGAGGAUGAUGCAUUAUAUCGACUCGCUGCGAGCCGAGGAAGAUAUAAUGAUGAGGGAGAUGUACGAUAAGUCUAUGCGGUGCGAGGUGGAGCUGCAUCAGGUCGAGGCCUUGCGCGCUGAUGUUCAGAAGGUUAGGGCGGAUAUCAAGGAGUUUACUGCGAGCAGGCAGGAGCUGACGAGUCAGGUUCAUUUGAUGACUCAAGAUUUGGGGAGGCUUACGGCUGAGUUGCAGCAGAUACCGACUUUGACUGCGGAGAUUGAGAACACUAAGCAAGAGCUGCAACGCGCGAGAGCGGCGAUUGAUUACGAGAAGAAAGGGUAUGCGGAGAAUUACGAGCACGGGAAAGUUAUGGAGCAGAAGCUAGUUGCGAUGGCUCGGGAAUUGGAGAAGCUUCGAGCUGAGAUUGCUAACUCGGAGAGUAGAGCUCAUGCUACUGGUCCUGUUGGGAAUACUGGUGGAGUUGGUUAUGGUGGUGGGUAUGGAAACCAUGAUCCUGCUGGGUAUGCUGUGAAUCCUUAUCAACCUAACUAUGCCAUGAAUCCAGCACAAGCACAGGGAGGCGUGGAAGGCUAUUAUCCUCCUCCAUAUGGAGCAGCACCCACUGCCUGGGCUGGCGGCUAUGAUCCGCAUCAGCAACAACAACAGUAUUAUCCACAACAAGGACAAGGACAGUGAUGAAAAUGUCAAAGCCGUCUAUUUCCCCCGACACCAACUCAUAAAUUUAAAAACAAAGCAAGCCUCCCUUUUGUAAUCUUUCCUGUGUUAUUUUUGGGUGUAUAAGCAAAAUUCAGAACUAACCAAUGUAUUAAAGUUUUUAAUUAUGAAAAAAAGAACGAAAGCCUACAGUGUUUUUUUAAA